UCUGCGCUCGUCCAGUUGGUCUGUCAAGGAGAAGAAAGGAAAACCCAAAUAACCCUGAAGAUACCAGUUGCAGAAAGUUUGGAUGUCUGAAGCAAGGACCUCGAAGCCAGGAUUGCUUGUCUCCUCGUGCCUCCCGGAGCACUAUGGGUAUACAGCGUGCUCAGAGAGCAUCCCUGGCUCUCACGCUCAACUACGUGGCGUUCGCCCUGGCCGUCUCGGCCGUCACAACUAGCUACUGGUGUGAGGGAACCAGGAAGGUGGUGAAGCCUUUCUGCAUGGGGCCGGUCAAAGUCAAGCAGACGUACUGCAUCCGCUUUAACAGCACCAACAUCAACGACACGCGCCUGGUGCAGUACAUUUACGAGACCGGAGAGGAGAAGUUCCUCAUGAGGAAGUUCCACGCAGGAAUCUGGUUCUCCUGCGAGCAAACCGUGGACUUGAUAGGGUUUAAUUGUAGGAGCUUUUUAGAGAUCGCACCAGAUCAUGAAAGAGGAGUGCUCUGGCUGUGUAUUGUGGCUGAGUGUCUGUACAUUGGUCUGCUGUUCAUCGGAGGAGCUCUGAUGGUGAUAGAGAUGUGUCCGUGUUUUAACUUGAUAAACAGACUCAAGCUCAAUGCCUUCGCUGCACUGUGCACCGCUCUCUCAGGCCUUUUCGGGAUGGUUGCUCAUAUGAUGUUCACCACAGCUUUCCAGCUGGCUGUCCAGAUGGGUCCAGAAGACUGGAGACCCAAGACAUGGGACUACAGCUGGUCCUAUCUUCUGGCGUGGGGCUCGUUUGGCACCUGCAUGGGCUCCGCGGUCACGGCUCUGAACCAUUACACCAAAACCAUCAUCGAGUUUAAGUUCAAGAGGAGGACCAUUGAGAAGAAACUGCGCAUCGAGCAGAAGAUCCUGGAGCUGGACGUGCCAGAAGACUUGUGGUACAUCACUUCAUUGCAGGAGCAAGCAGACCAACGCGCUGCCCUGUAUGUGAACGACAGCGAACCAUCCUGCUUCAACCCCACCAUACUGGACAACUGGGACAGAGAAUACUGCUGAAAAUACACGAAGGGCGCAGGUCCUCCUGAACGCGGCCAUUUUUUGUGCAUUUAUAUUGUAUAACAUAUGGCUUUUUGAGCAAGAUAUGGACUGAACCAGCAAGACUUACUGUGUUGUUGUGAACCUCGUUCAUAUGCUGAUAGCUGAUAUUUAAAGGAAAGCUCUGAGUUUAAAGAAAAGAAGCCAUUUUAGAAAAGAAAAACUGGUGAAAUCUUAUUAUAGGCUACUUUGUUUGAUUAAAAAAGCAGUAGCCAACUCAGCGGUCACUCAUAUUGUCACAGACAGAGAAGUCGCUGAAUUUAUUAAAUGAAAAAGUGUUUCAUAAACAGACACGGUUGUUUAAAACGGAGUAACUCCAAGCAAGUAACGCUUCAGGAACGAGGUCAAACGUUUACCUGAAGUGAGUCGUUUCUCGUGAUUUUGUCGAGCUCUAUCUUCCACAGUGAGGCAAGGACGCCAUCUUCUGGAUUAUCGUUUCAGUGCCUCUGGCAGAAAGACUCCUGUAAAACACGCUCCAGUGCCACAUUUAUUACAGACUUAUGUCGAUGCCAACCGUCUUGUAGAUGCACUUGUUGUAGGAUGAGUGAAAUCCCUCAAUCUCGUGGGUUUUCUGGAUUAGUUCUCCCUUUGGCGGAAGGAAGUUGUUUACGUUUUACUUUAUAUGUGUGACUCAAGCGUCGCUUCUUAUUAAAGGAAUA